AUAAACUCUCCAUAACCCUUGUGUUAAUCAACGUUUGGAUCUUGGAAAUUCCCUUCUUGAGCACAAAAUUCAAAAACCAAGCAGUUGCUUUUGAGGGUUUCUUGUUUUUCUUCCAACAUGGGACUAGAAAUUGUAGAAACAUAUGUUCCUUGUAGUUUGUUUGUCUGAGUGGUAAUUUGAGGAGGAGAUGGAGAAUAUUCCGACAGAGAAAGUGUAUGUAGCCAUUGGGACAGACUGGGGAGAUGGUUUUUCCACCUUGCAAUGGACACUAAGAAAGUGGUCUAAUCAUGGGAUCAGCAUAGUCAUUCUCCAUGCAGCAAAUACCAUAUGCAAAGACUAUGUUUACACACCUCUCGGCAGACUUCCUUCGAGCUCCGUGAGUGAGGAGAAGCUAAUGGUUCUUGAGAAGUCUGAGGAAGCUAAGAGUGACAAGAUCCUCUCACAGUACAUAGCCUUUUGUGGCAGGGUUAAGGCAGAAGUGAUCAAACUCGAGAACAACGAUCAGCCUUUACAUAAGCAGAUUGUGGAGGUAAUAUCAAGUCUUCGGAUAACCAAACUAGUCAUGUCAUUGGCAUUCAUGAAGCUGUCGUCAUGGAAAUCAAGAACUGUGAUAAGUGGAACGUUUUACGUUCUUCGACAGAAACCAGAUUUCUGCAACCUGUUUGUGAUAUGUGGGGGAAGAUUAGUAUUCCUAAGAGAGGAAAACGAACAAGGGUUCAUAGAGGACGAUAGAGGGAUGAUGGUUGCCAAGCUUAGAAAGAAUCACAGCAUAAAAACAUGGUUUGGAAAGACGUGCUUGGAAAAUGCAGCCAAUAACAGUUCACCUUCUUCAUCAGGAAUCAAUGAUUCAGCUCAUCAAUGGGAGAAAUGGAGUCAAGAGAUUGAGCAGUAUGCAAAUGAAUUGCUGUCUAUACAUGAAGCGGAAGAAGGAAAGAUUGAUUUGGACACUGGGAUCUUCAAGGAAAGGCCCACGGAGCUGUAUAUGCCUGAAAAUAUGGAUGCUGCAGAAAGAAUUCAGUUUCUUAAACGCAGAAUACAAACUGCUCAGCAUACUAUCCAGUUGAAAAAACAGCAAGCGCAUGCCGCCAAGAAACAGCGCGAAAAAGCCGAAUGGGCCAUUAGCAUAUGCAAUUCCAAGGCGGAGGAGCUUGAAGCCUCUAUAAACGAGGAGGUUGUGAAAAACAUUGAUCUAAACAAAGAAUUAGACAGCAGAAAGAGAGAGCUUAAUGAACUUGGUAGUGAAGUUGAGGAGAAAAGAAGUAAGCUGAACUCGAUUCUUGAACUCCAGAAGGAACUCUCACAGAAACUUCAGCUAUCGACGUCUGCUAAAGCCCGUGCAGAGGUUCAGCUGGAGAAGGCAGUGAGAACAAGGGCCGAGAUGGUUCAAGAAAUCGAGGAGCUGAGAAAGAAUAGGGAUGUUUUACAGCGCAGAAUCGAGUUCUGUAAGGAAAAGGAUGCCAUAGCGAAAGUAUCAAAAUCGUAUGGUUUUGGUUCUGAUUACAGAGAGUUCAGUGCUGCUGAAAUUAAAGCGGCCACUGAGGACUUCUCGCAACGUUUGAGGUUGAAAUCUGUUGGUCGUUUGACGAACGUAUAUAGGGGUCGAAUCAAUCAUAUAACAGUUGCAAUUAAAACGUAUAGUUCAGAACAUACAUGGUCCAAGGAAGGUUUCACAACCAUGGUGAAACUUCUUAGCCAAGUGAGGCAUCCUAAUCUACUUGCUAUGAUAGGGUUCUGCUCCGAGCUCAACUGCAUUGUAUAUGAGUACAUGCACAACGGCAGCCUGAAUGAUGCAUUACAUUCAACUGAAACAAGCUCUAGAAGUCUAAGUUGGCAUGCUCGGAUACGUAUUGCAGCUGAAAUAAGCUCUGCUCUUGGAUUCCUUCACAAGGUCAAGCCUAUGCCAAUCAUCCACGGAAACUUGAAGCCUUCCAACAUUCUCCUUGAUCGGAAUAAUGUGGCAAGAAUCAACAGCCUGAUGGCUGCUUCCUCAUCUGAUAUCAAAUCAGAUAUCCAGGCCUUCGGGAACUUAGUACUGCAGCUUCUGACAGGCAAGAACUGGACUGCAGCAAUGGACACUGCUACAGCGGUUGAUGAAUUAGACCAUUCCGCUGGGAGAUGGCCAAUGGUUUUAGCCAUGGAACUUUACAGCAUUGCAGUUAGGUGUUUUGAUGAGUCCAUUGCAGCAAUGCCGACAAGUGAAGUCAACAAUGUGAAGCAAAGGGCAGACGAGUUAGUCACCAAUUGUGAAUUUCCUGCGCCCAUUGAAAUGUCUAUCUAUGUUGACGACUUGAGCAACGUUCCAAGCGCGUUCCUCUGUCCUAUCUAUCAGGACGUGAUGCAGAAUCCACAUCUUGCUUCAGAUGGAUACUCGUACGAAUUGAAAGCCAUAGACGAGUGGCUUAAGACGGGACAUGAUACAUCACCGAUGACUAACUUAAGGCUGAAGCACAAGCUCCUUAUCCCAAAUCACAAUCUGAGGUCUCUAAUCCAAGAUUGGCAAAACAAAAGAUCAGCUUAAGAGGGACUUGAUAUUAUACAUCGCUGAUCCUUCCAGUUCUAAGUGAUGAGCAUUGUACUUUGCUAAAACUUCCUCCAUGGUCAAGUCAGCAUAGUGUUUUGAUAUUGUAAUAGUUUAGAUGUAUUGUAGAAAAUGAAUUGCCUAUUGACUCUAUAUGGGGAAAUUCUAAUCUGGACCCGACUCGAUUGAAUCUGGACCAAAUAUAUGUCAAGUGUAAUACACUUGUCGUGUGAUUGA